CCACAACUUACAUAAGCAUCGUAUUUGUUUACAUUCUCGCGGGUGUUGUUUGGGUCCAACGUGUUUCAUCUAGUACUUAAAAUGGGCAGACCCAGAAGCGAGAAGGAGAAACUUAAGAAACAGACAUCUCAGGGAGACUCGGAUUCUGAUGAUGAUUUUGAGCCGAAGAAGCAGUUUGCCUCGCCAUCUGUGCCAAGCCGAAAGAAAGUCUUGCCGAAGAAGAAAGCCAACGAUAACAAAGAGAAUUUAAAGAACGGUAAACAGAAGCGUGUUGAUCAGAAAGCAAAACCGGUUCAGGAAGAGAAAAAAGAAGAAUUCUUUUGGAAUGAAAAUCUUCUGAGAAAUCAGAAGUUGCGAGGCGUAAGCUACUCAAGUUGCCAUAUUGUACAUUACCUCAGGAAUAUAACACAGGGAACUCAGCAGUUUCUGGCAGGAUCAGGCUCUCAACACUCCAGUAAUGCACACAAAUAAACGACUACGUGUGCAUAAGACAUAUCUAGGUUUCGACAGACGAGCAACAGCCCUUGCGUGGCACCCAACCAACCCAAAUGUUGUCGCAGUUGGAUCAAAGGGAGGAGACAUCAUACUCUGGAACUACCAGGCAGAUGGCAACAAACCCAGAACUUUCAUCAAAGGGGUAGGACCUGGUGGCUCUAUCCAGUCCCUGCAGUUUGAUGAACGUCAUAGCGGAUACAAAGCAUACACAGUAUCAAUUGAUGGAACUUUGGCUUACCAUGAUUUGGAGGCUGAGGAGAGGAAAAACUUCUUGAUGACAGGAGAUAUAGAGAUUUUGAACAUCCCUUUAGAAAGCAAGUACAGUAAUUCCAAUGUGGAAUAUUCUGUGGUAGGGUGCAAAGGCCAAGGUAAAAAGUUGGAAAUACUUGACUUGAAUCUGGUUCCAGAUUCAGAGAAGGGUAGUGGAGCCCCAGCUUUAGGUGCAAAUGGCUCUAUCCAGGCCUUAAAGUUCAAUACAGAUAAUCCUAACUUGGCGUACACAGCCUCUAUCAAUGGCAACAUGGAGUGCCAGGAUGUCACAAGGGGACACUGUCACAAAGUUUUUCUGUCGACUGGUGAUUGCGAGCAUACACCGGUUGCCCCAUGGUCAUCUUUUGUUUGCAGAAUGCCUUGGUGCUUUGUCACAGCGUCAGUGGAUCGCAGCCUGAAAGUGUGGGACAUCAGGAACUUGAAAUCCCGCAGUUCCUGCUUGUACAGCCACAUUCACGAGAGGCCAGUUAAUUCAGCACACUUCAGUCGUACUGAUGGGGGACGGUUAUUGACAACUGACCAGCACAGUGAGAUGAGAGUGUACUCCUGUCCAAGCUUCACACUCAGCAGAACCAUCUCUCAUCCUCACAGACAAUUCCAGCAUCUAACUCCUAUUAAGGCAACCUGGCACCCAUUAAGAGACAUCAUUGUUGUUGGACGAUACCCUGACCCUGCAUUCCCCGGCUAUGUUGAUAAUGAACCUCGAACUGUGGACUUCUUUGACGGUGCAACAGGAAAGCUCUUGCAUCAGCACAUGGAUAAAGGCUGCGACAACAAGAUAAUCUCACUCAACCUCUUUAAUCAAACGGGUGAUGCAUUACUUUCAAGUGCUGCAUUACUCGUGUGGGUUUGGAAACCAAAGUUUUCAUGUGAUGCUUCCAAGGGCAGUCUGGAUUCAGAAGGUAAUAGUGAUGAUGAUGACGAUGAUAGCAAUGACAAACCCAAGAGACCACGGAAAAAGAGAACAAACAACACAGCCUUGAAGAGAAGCAAGGCUCCCAAAGAAAUGAAAGUUGUCAGAGGUAUUAUGAAAAUUGACAGAAAGAGAUAGUAAUGACAUUGUACUAAAAAAGACUGCCUUGGAGGAAUUUGAUUUCAGGUCUUCAGUACAAAUAUUUUGAAAAAAUCCUCAGUUUGAUAUCUGUCUAAUUUUUAUUAAUUGUGCCAAACUAGUUGUAUCAGGAAUUAAAAUGUUUACUUUAUAAAACUGCUACUUUAUAAAACUAUUUACCCACAAACUGUUUUUUAGUUUUACAGUUGAAAUGUAAUUGGACGAAAUGGUAGUGUAUGCUUAAGGAACAUCAUAUUAAUAUUUCUUUUUUAACAUAUCAAUUUGUUUUAUGUAGAUUAGAAGAAGGAGAACAGCAUCUUAAAAGACAGUCUGUUUUUUACCAUUCCCAUUGCAGUAUUAAGUUAGGAGGGGUUAGUUUAUAUUUCUACAAGACUUUUUUCUCUUUAUUUUGUUAAAAGGUUACCAUUUAUAUUUAACCUUUAAUUGUUUGUACAUGGCUGAUGUGUACAUAUGGGUAUCAACAUAAACAUUAUUGUUUAUAUCCAGGAAUAUUCAGGUAUAGAAUUUUCAUGUAUGUAUGAAUGUAUGUGUUCCUGUUUUCUGUAUUCUACACAUGCAGUAGUAAAACAUCACCGCCAUAUUAAAUUCAGAAUAUUAUUUCCUUCUUCUUAAAUGUAAUUACAAAAUAUAGGUAUACUUUUGCACCUUUUGUCUACUAGUACAAUAGUCUUGUACUAGUAGACAAGCAGUAAUUUUUUACUGCUUGUGCAAACUCAGAAUGAAAAGUCUUUAGUUUUCAUCUUUUGCGAAUGUGCAUUUAUAAUAAUUUGUAUUUUAUGUUUUGUUUCCAUCUCUCUUUAUCCUUUUUUCAGAUGUUUUCUUUAUGCCCAAAAGAAUUUAUUUUAUUGUGCACGUAUAGCACGACUUCUUGUGUUAAUCUCCGAUAUUAUUUUGGAACAUACUUAGUCUGUUUAUGUUUUUGUUAGGAUAAUAAAUAUUUUUUUAUUUGAA